CCACUGGGUCCAGCAGCAGCACGAGAAGAAGCGCAGGAAACGUGAUUUCGCGAACGACCCAUCCAUAUCCCCCUUCAGUCAAUUCGUAGGCGACAUAGCACCCUCCGCUGAACAUCCCGUUCACGGGCAACCCCACUACAGGGCCAUACCGUCGGUGACCUUCCCGGAUCCGCUCUUCAGGGAGCAGUGGUACCUGAACGGCGGUGCCAAAGACGGAUUGGACAUGAACCUGGCGCCGGCAUGGCAGAAAGGGUACACCGGCAAAGGAGUGGUGGUGUCAAUCCUCGACGACGGCAUCCAGACCAACCAUCCAGACCUCGCUCAAAAUUACGAUCCGCUGGCCAGUACAGAUAUCAACGGUAACGACGACGACCCCAUGCCCCAGGACAACGGAGACAACAAGCACGGCACCAGGUGCGCUGGUGAGGUGGCCGCUGUGGCCUACAACCAGUUCUGCGGUAUAGGAGUCGCCUAUAAUGCUAGCAUAGGAGGUGUGAGGAUGUUGGACGGCGUGGUCAACGACGCCGUAGAAGCCAGAGCUCUAGGCCUCAACCCCGAACACAUCGACAUCUACAGCGCCUCUUGGGGCCCCGAGGACGACGGCAAGACCGUGGACGGUCCCGGGCCUCUGGCCAGGAGGGCCUUCAUCUACGGCGUCACCAGCGGAAGGAAGGGCAAGGGCUCCAUAUUCGUGUGGGCCUCAGGGAACGGAGGGAGACACACCGACUCCUGCAACUGCGACGGCUAUACCAACAGUAUUUUCACUCUUAGUAUAUCCAGUGCCACCCAGGGAGGGUAUAAGCCUUGGUAUUUGGAAGAAUGCUCUUCAACUCUCGCCACCACCUACAGCUCAGGAACACCGGGACACGAUAAAAGCGUCGCCACAGUCGACAUGGACGCUAGACUACGUCCUGAUCAUAUCUGCACAGUGGAACAUACGGGUACAUCGGCAUCUGCUCCUCUAGCCGCCGGCAUAUGCGCCCUAGCCCUAGAAGCCAACCCCACGCUGACCUGGAGGGACAUGCAGUACCUAGUGGUGCUCACUUCCAGGCCAGCUCCCUUGGAAAAGGAAUCCGGCUGGAUCGUAAACGGCGUACGGAGGAAGGUGUCACACAAGUUCGGCUACGGCCUGAUGGACGCUGGCGCUUUGGUUACUCUUGCCGAGAAAUGGACCACCGUACCGCCCCAGCACAUCUGCAAGAGCCAGGAGAUCGUCGAGGACAGGCAAAUCCAGCCGGCCUAUGGCACCGCUUUGGACUUCUUCAUGGACGUCGACGCGUGCAGCGGCACUCUGAACGAGGUCCGCUUCCUCGAACACGUCCAAUGCAAAAUCUCCCUCAGAUUCUUCCCUCGCGGCAACCUAAGGAUCCUCCUAACCUCCCCCAUGGGCACCACCUCCACCCUCCUCUUCGAGAGACCCCGCGACGUCGUCAGCUCCAACUUCGACGACUGGCCGUUCCUCAGCGUCCACUUCUGGGGCGAGAAAGCCGAGGGCCGCUGGCACCUGCAGAUAGUCAACGCGGGCAACCGUCACGUCAACCAGCCCGGGGUGUUGAAGAAGUGGCAGCUCAUCUUCUACGGCACCUCCGUGAAUCCUGUCAGACUCCGACCCACCAACGGGGCCAGAUCCACGCCUUGGAAGUCUCCGCUGAACACCUUCACCUUCCCCACCCAAUCCCAACCUGUCACACAGGUUACCGACAAUUUCUUCGAUGCCGACGUCUACAACUUCGGGAACGUCUACGCGUUCGCUGGUUCCGAUCCUGAGGUGGCCAUAAGUUCGUUGGAUGGUAAGAACACGAAGGUGCGCGAUAACGUUAACAACAACGUCGAUGCGGAGGAGGAGACCAAGGAGAACUGCGACGAGCAGUGCGACGACCAGGGCUGCUUUGGAAGGGGGUCCACCAAGUGUAUAGCUUGCAGGAACAAGAGGAUGGACAAGACGUGCGUGUCGUCGUGCCCGCCGAGGAGCUACUCGGACACCCAGGGCAUCUGCCAGCCGUGCCACGAGGCCUGCGAGACGUGCACGGGGCCCGAUCAGAAGAGCUGCCUCACUUGCUCCCCAGGGCACGUGAGAGUUAUCGAUCUGGAUAUAUGCCUGCAACAAUGCCCCGAGGGGUAUUAUGAGAAUUUCGCGGACAAAACCUGUAUCCCAUGUCACCCGAACUGCGCCGGUUGUCAGGACCGCCCUGAUCGUUGCACAAGCUGCGACCACCACCUCCUGCUCUACCAGAACAGAUGUCUGGCUUCCUGUCCUACAAACACGUACGAGACCGAUGACUACGGGUGCUCCAGCUGCCACGAGUCCUGCGAGACCUGCAGCGGCUCCAACAGUUCCCAGUGCAUCUCUUGCCCGUUCGGACACUUCUGGCACGAGGGCCGCUGCGUGAAGGAGUGUCCCGCCCACCACUACGCCGACACGUACCAGCGUGAGUGCAUCGAAUGCCCUCCGGGUUGCAGCGAGUGCAACAAGACCACCUGCAUCUCCUGCCUGGACGACUGGAAGGUCAACGCUAAGGGCCGGUGCGUGUCGCAGAACAGCGACCGCUGCGACGUCGACCAGUAUUUCGAUAGCGGCAACUGCAAACCCUGCCACUCCACCUGCGACUCAUGCGACGGGCCCACGGAAAAGGCUUGCCUGUCGUGCGCCAGUCCGCUCAUCCUCCAGGGCACCAAGUGCGUGGGCAAGUGCGACAAGGGCUUCUUCAGCGAGAGGGAUAAUCAGUUGUGCGAGCCCUGCUUGCACACCUGUUCCAGAUGCUUCGCCAAGACCAACUGUACGGAGUGCAAAACCGGCCUACAGCUUCAGAGCGGCGAGUGCCGUGCCGCCUGCGCCACCGGGUACUACAGCGAUAAGGGACUGUGCAUGAGGUGUUACAUGAGCUGCAAGACCUGCAGCGGGCCUGGACCGGACCAAUGCGUGAGCUGCCCAAACGGUUGGCAACUGUUAUCGGGCGAGUGCAGGCCAGACUGCCCGGAAGGCUACUACAAAACCGAAUACGGGUGUCAGAAGUGCCAUUACUCCUGUCGAAAUUGUGCAGGUUGCAAAAUGCAGGAGGGCAAGAGGAAGAUCAACGUGGAAGCAUUGCUUUUGUCUGCGCAACCCGUAUCAACUCUCCAAAUAGUGAACCCCUUCAACUUUAUCACCGGAGUAGCAAUAAUCGCGUGCUUGUGCAUAAUUAUACUUUUCAUCACGAUCUUCAUCAUACUUCAGCGGAACAGCAUGCAAGUGCAGCAGAGGGGCUACAGCAGGGUGUCGAUAAAGAAACCGAAGGUCACGUGCAACUACAACGUGGUGGCGGUCAGCGACGGCGACUCGAGCGACUCCGACAGUUCAGAGGGCCACAACCUGAUCACGCCCAAACCUCAACGGACUGCAUGUUGAGAAACAGUAGAAUGAAAUUCAAGCUAUAGUGUAAAUAAUACAAAAACAAAAAUCUGUCUUCAUUGUUCUCGUGUCGUUUUUUACUUACCGAUACCGUUAGGCCGAGGAGGCUGCGGCGAUCCACACCGCGACUUUUCCCCGCUCUCCCCCACUCUUUCUCCCGAGAACGGUUACAUUUAAAGGUAAGCAAAUUAAAAAUUUGGCGGGCGAAAUGGAGGCCGCGUGGAUCGCCGGAGUUUCCGGUUCGGCAGUUUAGUUGAUCGAACAUAAAUAGAUGUACCGCCUAAGUAUGUAAAUAUAUGAAGUGAACCCCGAGGGAAGCCGGAAAGUUAACCAUGAUGUACCAGAAUCCUAAGUGUGUCUAUUGUUUUAAAGUUACUGUAAGGUACCAAUGAAGACAGCUCAAUGUAAAAAAAGUAAAUUUUAAGAAGCGAAACUUAAGUGCUCUUGAUAUUUCAUGUCGUAAAUAUAGUUAUUUUUAAAUGUACACUUUGUAUAUAAUCAAUAUAGAUAAUUGUUUCAAUGUUAUUUAUGAAAUUUUACCAUUUAUACAUCCAGAAUUAUAUCCUAUUUGUAAUUUUCGGCGAUAUAUUGAUUUCUAUAUAUUUUUUUUAAUUGUGAUGUCGGCGGAUAUUUUUGUGUUGCGUUUGGGGACGAUUCGGAGUCCUAGAGCGCGAGAUUUGAAAUGAAUACAUCAAGGAAUAUUUUAUUCUUUUUUCCUGCACGUUCUACGGCAAUGGAAAAGUUCUGUUCGUUUCGGACGAGUGCUCUAGUUGUACCAAAAAAUAUUGCUGUAGAGAUUAAUUUUACCUAGUUUCAUUUGUUCUGUAGUUCAAUUGAAGAUGAUUUCUAAAGUUUUUAAAUAAAUUGAUUUUAAAUGUG